AUGGAGUCCUUCUUAAGCUUAUUCAGAGAACCAGCCCAAGAACUAUUUGUGUCGGAAAGGACUCUCCACAAAAACUUCAGAGAGCCCUUCAGCUUAACUAUUAUAGCUCACUCACUAGAGGAUAAGAGUUCCUUCACACUAAUGGUGAAGAAUGCUACAAAUGAGCUAGCAAUGAUAGUGAUCCUGAGCUCUCAGGCUCCAUUCAAUGAGAAAGGAAAAGCCCCAAUGAACCAACAAACUAACAACAACCUAGAUGCAAUGAAGUUCGUCAUAUGGAACACAAGGAGAGUGAACAGUGUGAACUUUAAAUGUCAGUGCCUCAACAUAGUCAACACGCAUAGAUCUUCAAUGCUGGUUCUCUUAGAGACUAAGAUGAAAGAACACAAACCCCUGUGUGAUGCUUUUAGUUUUGAUCUGUUCAUCCAUUCUAGCGUGGUUGGAUUAAUGGAUGGAUUAGCUGUGAUGUGGAGAGAUGGCGAUCUCCAUCUUGACAACUUAAUCUCGACCCCUCAAGGUAUUCAUGUGGUCAUCAAGGUCCUUGAUAAAUAUGCUCCAGGCUCCUCCUCCAGUCCACAUCUAUAAAGAGCAGAACAAAGCUGCAGACGAGCUAUCCAAGAUGGGGAGCAAUGCCACUGCACUUAACUCCCCUGUUAUUUUGUCUAGCCCCCACCCCAUUUAGCUCAGACAAUCUAUGAAGACUCUGUAGGAACUAUUUAUUUUAGAUCAGUGAAUCCAAACUUCAUUAACCUAGUAAGCCGGGUUGUGGCUACUAAUACUAGCAAUUUUUGCCAACUGACUUAAUUAAUAUUAAGUAUUCUUUUGACCAAAAAAUAAAAGAAAACGUGGUGUACUACUAUUUUGUCUCAUAUGAAUGAUCUUUAGGUAAAUAUGUGUAACAACGAAUGUUCUUUUGCUAAAUAUAAUUCAACAAUCAACAACACAUAUACAAGAUAUAUGUGGUAAGUAUUAUUUUUACGUGUUUUGUUCCUCUGCCUUUUAUUACUUACCAAAAAUUUACUUCCUCUUUUCUUAACAAAAGAAAAUAGCGGCAAAAAAAUUGGAAGAGAAUAGCUCCCAAAAAAAUUGGGGAUUUUCAAUGAUUUUUUCUUCCUUAACUUUUGGUAAAUUAUUUCUUUUUUAUUUCUAUUAGCGAAUUCCUUUCUUAUCAAAGAAAAUAGAUCCAAAAAAUAAUUGAGGAUUUUGAUUGAUUUUUAUUUCCUUUACUUCUAUAAUUUUUGGUUUCUUAACUUCUGGUAAGAAAAAAAUUGGGGAUUUGGAUUGAUUUUUGUUACCUUAAUUUC